AUGACAUCCUUCGACCUUGACAUCCUCAAUUCCAUUCGAGGACCUUCUCCUGAGCCUGAGGCCCCUGUCAGUGGUGUGGCGCCCAAGGAGGGUUCGGCACGCGGUAGUCCUGUGCCCGAAUCUGAAUCAGACAACACUCGCAUCACCCAGGCGUGGGUCAUGGUGCUUGUGAAGGUUGAUGCGUCCAAAAUGACGCGUCCGGACCUUAAGCAGGAACUGCUUCAGGAUAUUGAGACGUGGCUGCACGAGUGGGACGCUAACAUCUGCGCGUGCCACCACGAUGCGAAUGAGGCGGGCAUGUUGCUCGCUCUUUCCGAUGAGGAGAAGGCGGUGCUGACCAACAUUAAGAAGUGGGCGCUGGUCGCCCGCAAGAUGGUAGGCGACUGGAAGAAGGCAGCUGAAAGGCUGAUGGUGGAGGUGAGCAUGGUGUGCGCAGGACACGAGAAAGGGAAGGGGAAGAAAAAGGAGGUGGAUGCAGGUGAGGACAUGGGCAGACCAAAAUUAGGCAGCAAGAUCUCGUGCAUGGAGGGUUGUACUUCGCGUUGUGCGCCAUGCGACAAGUCCCAUGUCGCGUGCUCAUUUGCUGCAAAACGCAAGGCUGCCGGUACUGUGGGUCCUGCUUGCAAGGCAGCUCGUGUUGCUGGUGGUAGCAUGGCAAUAGGUCUUACUUCAGCGGAUGAUGCUGACCAUACUGGCGAGUCCGAGGUUGAGGUCGAAGUUGUGGAGGUCCCUCCUCCCGCUCCAGAACAGUCAGCUUGCCUGUUGGCUCCUUUGCCCAUUCGUGCGGUUGCAAAGGUUGCAUGCCUUACCAAGGAGAACGCGAGCCUUCGCGCGUUGAAGGAAGAAUAUGCGCGCUUUGUGCUGAACACCUGUCGGCAGGCACGCGCUCAACAAAUUGAAUUCACCGUCAUGAGCAACAAGCUCUAUGCAUGGGGAGAUGAGUGGAGGGACAUGGGGAAGGAAAUGAAGGACUUUGUUGCGGAGCAGGAGUGCUCCAAGAAGUAG